GGUCUUUGCCAAUGUCGUCCAAGUACUUUGGGGACCUCUCCUGUAUUGUCUGGGCGUCACUCUCAUGCAGGGCGUCUUCUGUCUCGGUCUUAUUUGGAGAAUGGAACCGCUAGAAAUGCCUAGGGCGUUCUGCAUCGUUCAGAAUGUUCUCGUCAGCCUAGGUUCUUUUCUCCUCACGGGGGUCACUGCGUCUUUCACUCUUGGAACUAUCAUUUCUCUGUUUCGGCCCCAAUACAACACCGGGACCACUAUCUCACCGUUUUCUUGGCACCCUCGUUAUAUCAUAUUUAUUGUGGUCUACCCAUUACUAGCAUCUGUCGUAUACGUCUCCCUUCUCUUUCGACUGGACGCCGCGACUCCCACGGAGGACCUGCUAUGCGAAGCAACCCACCCCAUCUGGGUGCGCUUGUUCGGGUAUGCCGGCGUUCCGCUGCUCCUCUCGAUACCAAGUCUGCUCCUGUCGUCCAUCUCCGCGAUCUGCUUGCUAAAGAAGCAAGCUCACCUUCCGAAUGGGCGCAAGAGAGGAUGCGUGUACCAACGGCAAGAUACGCUGGACCCUCUCACGCCAUUGCCUGCGCGGAGGCAGUCGCGUCAGAGCAAGAGCCUCGAAUUCAGGACGAGCGCGGACAUACGGAAUGCGAACACGCCUACCCCGGUGCCCUCGACGCUCGCAGUGCCCACACCCGUCGCCGUCCCUUCGCCCACCUCAUCCGCCGUGCUGUCCAACCCGCACUUGCUCCAGUCCCCCGGGCGCGUCCCGACCAGCCCGGAGGUGGCGUCCUUCGCCCGGAAAUACCACCUCCCGUUCAAUCGCCAGCCGGCGAAAUCGCCCUCUCCCAUUCCCCGGCCGCCGUCGCACCAGUCCUCGACCUACUUCCCCUCGGACACGUCCAUCUCCUCUGUGUUCCCCACCUUCGCCCCGCCCUCGCGCCCCGGCUCCGUGCGCUCCCUCCCUGCGUUCCCCGACUUGGGCGCGCUGAGCUACCGCGACUUGAUUCACGGGAAAGAGCACGAAGAGCGGGAACUGGGGUUGAGCAAGAUGGUGUCGUCGACGGCUGUGGGCGGGGAUGAGGAUGAGGAGAGGUGGGUGAGGAGCUUGGAGUUGUCGAAGAGCGAGCUGGAGUUUGUGAGGAAUGCGGAGGACAGGGAAGGGGAUGGGUGGGCGGCGCCGACGUAUGUGCGGCGGAAUCCGUUGAGUAAGAUGAUGCGAGACAAGACUACACCGCCGCUGCCUCCUAGUGGUCCUGCUCCUUGUGCGAUGUGGCAUUUCAUCGUUUUCCAGAUAACUGUCUCUGUGAUACAAAUGCUAGCAUCGAUAACUACGCUGAUCGACGUCGGGAAGGGGCGCGCAGUUCCGACCCCGUUCGGGACGCAGCAUUUUGCGCUGUUGCUGGUAGCUUGGUGCCCAUGCUUUGUCUUUGGUUAUCUUCCAGGCGUCCGGCAACGUCUGAAGUUCUGGAAGCGCCGUCGGUUCUUCUGACGCGCGCUGUAUAUAUUCGCAGUUCAAGUUGUGUUUGAAUUCAUUCUUGUGCAUAUGCUCUGCUCUUGCUUUGCGGAACGAUACCCC